AUGCGAGGGUCUGAUAUAUUGCCAUCGAAAGAUAGUAGUGUUUUAAGAAAACCACCCGCAGCAGUCAUUGAAGUUCCACCGAAGAAAGUCGUUUUAGUUAAAGAGCCAUCAAAGGAAGAAGUAGAAAAACCAACUGAAGAGAAUCAACAAAAACAAACUGAAAUGGAUGUUGAUAACAUAACUGAGGAUGUUAUAAACCCAAGCAAUCAGAUGUAA